UGUCUCAGAAGAGGUCGUCAAUGGCGCAUUUUACCUGCGUUUGUGCGUCAAAUGGGCAAGAUCAGCGCUCAGUCUACUUCUUAAACUGCUUUCGACUACAAGACUUUUACGGACGCGCUGUAUUAAGUUUGAUUUUUUUCCCAAAAUUACGCCUAUAUUAAGUUCUUAAGUUGCAGGAAUCAUUGCAGUUUCCAAUAAAGAUGACAAAAAAUUGUCGAAAUUAAACGAAAAAAAUAUUCUAUUGAACUACAUUGAGCAUGGUUUUGCAAAAGCUAUAUUGCAGUGAAACGCUGUGCUUGCUUUUUGCCACCUACUACGCCUUUGUUGUGCCAUGCAUAUGCGCAGCUCCCAAUUUGCUGACCAGUUAUUUGCCUGCUUCCAUGCAAGCGCUCGCCUACUACAUCGACUAUCUGCAAUAUGAGCCACUAUCGACCACCACCGUCGAACCACCGUUCAGUGUGAGUGAUGACGAAUUGACUAGUGUCUUCAAUGCCUCACCUACGCCAACGCCAACGCCUCUUCCUAACGUCAGCGUGUUGUCUACACCUCGACCAUCAUCAUGGCUUUCAACGUCCUCCAGUGCUCCGGUGUCCACUACUAAACCACCAACAAACGUGAGUACUCCUGCGUCUGGUUGGUGGCAACCACCCGUUUGGUGGCAUCCCACCACAACCACCACUACGGCCAAGCCUGUGGAGCCGCCAACGCCGUCGCACAAACCCGGACUUUUCGCACCGUUAAUAUCGCCGCUUAUCAAGCCGCUACCGAAGCAGCGUAUGGGCUAUGAACUUUUCGAUGAGAUUGGCGACAAUACAGAGGGUUUUGAUAAGUUAACGCUGGCGCUGAUACGCGACAUACAAACGGAGACAGAGCACGAUGAAUUCACCAACGACGUUGAGUCAUUGGACAACUUCUUACGCCUCUACGACGACAACUACGGUCGCGCCACAUUCGAUAGCGACAAUGCGUUGGAUCGUUGGUCGAGUACGUCGACGGCGGGGAAAAAGCGCGUGCCGCCCACCAAACCGUAUGUGGAGUUCUUACUUGUUUACGAUUUAUUGAAACGAGAUGCUAAGGCGGCUAACCUCAGCAAAUACGAGGGUUACUCCGAGCAGCUGUUGAUGGAUCUACAUGAAUUGUCUAGCGCAUCGGCGGAGCGCCAAUUGUAUACGCUUUUCAAGCGCAUGAUAGAUCGCGGUGAUGUGCAACGUAGCGACGUAGUAUCGCGCAUACAGGGUAUAAUGAAGGAUCUUGCCAAUCCGAAUAGUGCUACAGUGAAGGCGUUGCGAUAUAUUCCGGCCAUGCCAUUUGUGCCUUGAAUCCUAAAUGUGUACAAUAUCUACAAAUAUUUAAUGGUUAAGAAAUAUGUAUGUAUGUAUAUAAAUAAAUACACAUGUGCAAGUUGAUUUAUUGCAUUCAGAAAAUAAAUCUCAAGAAAUAUGUGAAUACGUGGGCUUCUUGGUAUUUUUGCCUUUAGUACGCUCUAUUUGGCUACUUCUGGUAUCGCAGUCCUAACUGUCGUUGGCAAACUACUUGGUGGAAAAAGAACUUAAUGCUUCUAUUAUUUUUAGUCAAACACUUUUUACCUCGCCCCACAAUUCGAUUCUUUAACAAUUACAUAAGUACAUACAUAAAAUAUAGACGAAUAAAGAAGUACGCGAAAAUUCGAAACGAGAAUUUAUUUAUAAUUUUCUCAAUGAUGGUUAUUUUUGAUAUUGUUUUAAGUCAUCUCAAACACAUCUUUUUACAUAGAAAUUAAUGAAAAGGGGAUUUUUCUGCGCUAACCGUGUUCAUCACCAUAAUAUUGUUAUAAUUUUGGAAGUACUUGGUGUUGGAAUCUGAAACUUCCUUAGAUAUUUACACAAGUAUACAAAACUGUCUUAAAACAAAAAUAAAAAAUUCAAAUUUUAUAACAAAACUUGUUCAUUUGAAAAAAACAAAACACCCUAUCGAUUCCCAUAAGAAAACGUUUGAACACCUUUAGUUUUGUUUGCAAUGUGUAAGUAUGUAUUAAGAAGCGUUGUUAAACUUAAAUUCUUAUGAAUAGCUUUGUAUUUUGUUGUGUGAAUUAUUUCAAAUCGAUAGAUACACAAACGUCAAAUAUAGCGAGUUUUAAUAAUCAUUUUCUAAAAAUUUGGUAUCACGGUAUGAUGCUUUAAUUCGUGCGAACAAACGGAGCGCCGCGACUAUUUAGUUUAGCGCGCUCUGAAUCCGGCUUAAAUGAUUUCUAUAGGUGAACUUUUUUGGUAAAAAAGCGACAAAAGAACGCUCAACUCGGGUAAAAUUUCCUUUUAGCUGCUUAAGCAACCCUUUUGGUAUCGCACGUGAAUGGCCCCAUGUGAAUGUAUGUAAAAGACUUCAUCUGCCUGCGUGAAAUUUCGUCCAAGAAAAUCAUUAAUUUAUAAGUGGCAUAUUCCAUUUCAACAAGGCCGAUUGAGGCGACCUCUUCGGGCAUUAUUGAAAAGUCGAAAAGAAAAACAGGAAAAUGGACGUCCAAUGUUCGGCCGAAA